CUAUUUUCUGCCCGGUGGGCAAUCAGUGCAACACGCAUGAAAACAAACCAGUACGAUGAGUCCUUUCAAGUUACUUACGUGUAGUGUACUUUGUUUUGGGUUUUAGUUGUAUGCUAUUUCAAAACGCGCGCUACGUACAGGUUUAUAGCACCCGGUGGAAGCUUCAUUGCUGAGAUUAGCUCAAGAGACAGCAUCAGAAUGGGCGACGGUGGCAGCAGUAUUACGUCAAGAAUUGGCAGCAUGAAGACUUUGCUUGGAAUAGUCGCCGGUGCGGGGGCCUCUUACGGAAUUUACAAACUCUUAACCGAGGGAAGCUUUAGGAGAUCUAAGAAAAGCGUGGGCAAUGAAGGUCCCGCUUCAAGGAGCAGUCAAGGUAGCUCUCGGCCGGACAGCCUGUUGGCCAAAGUGUCUGGACUGGACCUUGUGUCCCCCCAAAGUGAGAGAACGGAUGAUGCGACGGGUGACAUCAUCCAUCAGUCAGCUGGCAACCUUGAGCCACAGCACCUGAAAAUGCUGCUGACAUGUCUCCAGACGAGCAAUAGUGUAUCAGACAGGUGUCGUCUCUUGCUCACUUUAGGAAAUGCUGCUGCUUUUACUGUCAAUCAGAAUGUUAUACGUGAAUGUGAAGGGAUUCCUAUCAUAUGUGGCUUCCUGUCUGACCCUGCACCAGAGGUUAAAGUGCAGACUCUGAAUGCUUUAAAUAAUCUCUGCAUGAACAUCCCAAACCAGGAACAGGUGAAGGUCUACGUGCCACAAGUUCUGGAGUUGAUCGAGAUGGCUGCAGUGAACUCUGAUGUCCAGCUAGCUGCUCUCAGGCUGCUGACCAACCUUUCAGUCACGGAAAAACAUCAACAUCUUCUCAAGGAUUCUGUGACACUUCUACUCUCUCUGCUGGUGGUGGGCGACGUGACGUUACAGGUUCAGACCUUGAAGGUUCUUGUGAACUUGUCAUCUAAUCCAGACAUGAUGGAUGAUAUUGUUCAGGCUCAGGCUCCGGCUUCUGUCAUACUGCUAUUUGACGUGCAAACGUCAACCGAGGUGCUUCUGCGGCUGGUGACUUUCGUGGGCAACUUGAAGUCCUGGAGGCCUUCGGUGCAGGUGGCCGAGGAGCUGAGGUGCAAACGCGACUGCCUCUUCCGCGUCAUGCUGGACGAGUUGUCUGGGCUCCACGGCCGAUUGGUCCAGUUGCUGUCACAUCCCGACAGGGAGAUUCAAGCGCAGGUGGCCCGUAUAUUGACAUAGAGCACUUCUGUUCUCCCUACCCUGCGUCACUAUCUGCACUAUAAACCUUUUCAUUAUGACGUCACACGUACUUUCGGGUGGCAAAAGCGCAAGCAUUCUUAUAGUAAAGAAACUCUGCCAUGUCAUUCUAACCCAGGCAGAGCGAUUGGGAAAAUGUUGUUUUUUUUAAAUUUAUUUUUUAUUUUGUUUUGCCUUCCUCUCUUCUGCAAUUAUUUGAAUGUAUUCAACUUCAAACACAAUUAUUGUCAUGGCUUCAAAUGACAUUUUGCCAUCCGUAAGUAGCCUGGCGUCUGUUGUUUACAAACAUGAAAUCGUGUAUUUGUACACUGUUUUAUACUCCUACACGUUGCCAAAGUCAUCACGCUAGCACCAAUGAAAUUAGAUCAUACUUCCACAUAGUUUCUACUAUGGCUGACUGAAACUUUUUUUGGGCUGGUGCCAAUUCUGAUAUUUGGCGGAACAUAAUUUGUCUUUUAGUAUUUAACUUAACAAUAGAGAGAAAAAUUGAAAAGAAAAAAUUUUUUGUCAUUGGUGUUUGGUUACUAUAUCAUCUUAUCUUGUGAUGUGUUAAUGCGCCGAUUUCUGCAGAUUUUAAGAUAAUAUUAGCCGAUUAAUCGGUCAGGCCCACCAGCAGCUCCAAAUCAACUCGUUUCCCUUAAUUUUUCAAUUUCUACGCUUAAUAAUGGAGGACAUCCGUUAGACAGCCAUGAUAUUUGUGACAUUGCAAGAAAGCUAUUUUCUUUGUAUCAUAACAGUGAUCUUGGAAGAACUUGAAUCAUUUUCUAAAGAAUGGCAGGUUGGAAAAAAACAGACUAUAGGUGAAUGUCAGAAAGUUACGAGAAUAAAGUCAGAAAAUUUAACAAGUGACUUUCCGUUAAAAAUUCCAUUGUUUUUAGAACAUUAUAAUUCUAAACUAAAACUGCAAGUAUUCAUUCAUAACUUUAUUUUUUAGAUUCUCAUAAAACUAAGACCUUUUAAAUCGCAAGAGUACAGAUUUGUUCUUGUAAAAUUGCCACUUUUUUCUCUAGUAUUACAAAUUUAUGCUUCUCGUGUGGAAUUGAGGUUUUCUCCCAUGUAAUAUUCCAAAUUUAUUCUUGUAAAAUUAUUUUUAUUUAAUAUAACAUUAUUGUUGUAAAAUUGUGUUUUUCUCAUAACUUUACUCUUGUUAAAUUACAUUUGUUUUGUUCAUAAGAGUAAAGCUUUAUUUUUUUAUACGUGAGCCUUUUAUUCUUCUAUUGCAAGUUUAUUCUUGUAAGAAAAUGCUCCAUUAGAUUGAGAGUUUUAUUCUGGUAAUAUUACAAAUGUAUUCUUGUCUAUUUUUUUGUUACAACUUCAUUCUUGGAAAAUUAUGAUCUCCUUUCCCAUCCAAUGUCUUUAAAUGUAGCAUUUUUUUCUCCACUACGAUUACAUAUUUUUGUAAUAUUACAGCUUUAUCCUUAAAUAAUUUUUUUCCCCGCACAAGUCAGUGGAACAUGUUUUAAUAACAUUAUUUUUUUCUCAAAUUAUUACAUACAGUGAUAUUUUGAUGAAAAAGAUCAUGCAAAUGACCAGUUUUUUAAUAUUAUUUUUUUAAUCUGGUAAAUUACAUCUUUAUUCUUGUAGAAUUAAUUCCCCCCCAAUAUUCGUAUUUUAUUCUUGUAGAAUUGCAAGGUUUUUUUGCCUGUAGAUGUAGUUUCUUAUUUAUACUCGUAAAAGUUUGACAUUCUCGUACAAUUUCUUUUUUCUCAUUCUGACUUUCAUUCAAAUAAAAAAGUACUAAAGCCAGACCUUUUUUUUCAGGACCCCAACAAAGGGUUGCACAGUGGUCCCAAUCUUUACCCACCUAUUGAUAGUGCGUUUCCAAAUCGUUCGAUUUUUUUUUUCCCACACAAACUCGGCUUCCUGCCAUCCGAGGAUAUUAUAGUUAAUCCCACCAGCGCCACCUUGCAAAAACAUCAUGUUUGUAGGCAUGAAACAAGAGUAGCAAUUUGGACAUAGAUGACUGAUUUUGACAGGAUUCCAGUAACAUUUGGCAGAUUACAGCCAAUAGUGAAUGUUAAGUACAAGUCUCAUUAUGUACUUAGUGUAAUGCGCCAGGAUGUAACGUGACAGGUCCACAUGGUUUAGCCGGAGGACUGCAGGCUCUGUGCAUCCAUCUGCUAGCAUGAUGAUUGGCUCACUGUGUCAGUCCAGGCGUGAUGAAAUGCUGCACAGUUUCAAUGUAUAUGCUUAUUUUGUUGACUUUUAUCUCUCAGGAACGCAUUUGCCUAGAGACCCCCUUAAUUUAAUCCUAUUUAUUUAAGAAGGGAGCAGUUUUGUGUUAAAUGAUGUAUUUUUCUGCUUAAAUAUUUCAAUAAAUGAAACAUGGGCAAGUGUCA